UUUCACUCAAAUUAUUGUAUAUUUCAUAAAAAUAUCGUCCGGAUUCCCAAAUUAUCGUAUUAUCGUUUGAGUCUCAUUGUACAUCGUACACGGGCAAAAAUUAUUGUACUUGUACAAUAAUUAUCGUACGUCUAGCAACGCUGGUCAGGGAUAAUCCCCGAGUCACCUGUAGUAUUAAGAUCAAGACAAAGAUUAAUGUAAACAAGUCCGUUGGUGUGUAGUAGUUAUGUUUGUUGCUGGAAACUGAGGUUUAUUUCGUUAUCUUCUUGUCUGUUGAGUUUCGAUUGAUAACGUGAGAGAACAGGCCUAUGAAAGAGAGAUGUCCAAUGACAUUGUAUCAUAUGAUGAAGCAGAAGACAGUGUCAGUCUUUCCAAGCCAGUCACAGGAAUCAAGCCUGAGGACUCCUGCCAGGAAGUGAACAGUGUGGCAGUCAGUACCAAGACACUUGAACUACACCUCUACCCUCAUGACUUGGAGGACCUCCUCAAGGAAGGAAAACAGGAGAGAAAAGAUAAUGAAGUGUACCAGGUUAUGGGGGAAGCACUGGAAGAAACUGAACAAAUUCUUGGUAUGGAAACAUCAAAAGAUAAAAACACAGACCCAUCCAGUUUACAAGAUUCGCAGUUAAGUGCCUCCUCUGUCACUCCUGUCGUACUAAAGAGAAAACGUGGCCGCCCUAGAAAGGAAACCAACCUCCCAAAGACCACAACAUGCACAGCACAGAGUCUGGUGGAGAGCAGACAGCUGAAGAGGACUGGAGGAAAGAACCAAACCUCCUUUGUACAAUCUAAGAGUAGUGAGGAUCUUGAUGAUGGUGAUACAGACACUGAAAUAAAAUCCAAAAGAAGCAGAAAGACUAAAAUGUUACAUGAUGACUAUGUGGCAGAUUUCAACACUUCAGAUGAGGAGGAAGGCAGCAAGAUAUUCCACAGAUUCUCAGGGAGAGGGAGAGGGAGAGGUAGGGGCAGAGGGAGGAGAAAGAAUUGUGAAUUCCCUGAGGCAUUCAGUGAUUUCUUCUCAAGUUGCCAUGAAUUCCUUGGGCAAAAGUCUGUGUUGGGAAGAGAGUGUAUAGACUACAGUAUAUUGAAAGACUUAGAAGAUUUUGAGGAUGAGGAACAGAAUCUCCUCAAAGAUAAUGAGUGUGAGAGUUCCCCCAUACAUAAACGUGAAGUGAAGGACGGAAUAGAAGGAGUGAUUGGGCCGGGAGGACAAACACGGGUGCAAAUUGUCAAUACUGGAGACGUGACUGUGAUUGAUGAUGAAGAAAAUUACAUAUAUAACAUCAUCACAACCACAGGGGAGAGGGAGAGUAUUACCCCCAUCGUGAUUCCCAAGGUGGCCAGUGAUGUGCUUGCUGACAGGCAGGAUGGUGGCCCUCUAUCAGCCACUAUGAAGACAAAUAGUGAUGACAAAGGAGCUGCAGACUUCAUUGUGCAAGAGGCAGAUACUGAGUUCCAAGCCACCUCUAAGGAGACACAGAAUAGACAACAGCAAACUGAUAGAGCCCUCUACAGACAAGUGGCAUCCUUGAAACAAAAAUACUACCAGGCACUGCAGGAGUUGAAGAAGAAGCCACAGGUUUCCACAUUUGCUGACCUUGUGUAUGGUGCUGCAAGCUUCCUCACUGAUGAUCAACUUCUCUUCUUCACAAUGCAGCUCAAGUCUGGCUGCCCAAACAUGCCAGGCAUCAAAUACAGUGCACGGGAGAAAAUGUUGGCUUUGGCUUUUUAUCUCCAGAAUCCAGAUUUUUACAAGUGGAUCAGUUUAAUCUUCCACCUGCCCAGCAAGGUUGUCCUGGAACGUUGGCUGGAUGGAGUUACCAGAAACAACCCAGACGAUGCCAAGAGGCUCGUGUACAGCGUUUAUUCUAGAUACGUUUUCAGGCCAUGAAGGAUCAGGGCUUUUAUAUUAUUUAACGGGUAAGCUUACCAAAUAUUUUGAUAAUAAAUCCAGCAUGUAUCUAA